AUGUCCACCACCGGUAUCAUGUCCCCUUCUUUGCCAAAAGAUACAUUGAAACCCCCUUGCAUUCCUAAAAAGAAAAGGGAGCGAAAUCACGAAAACCCCGCAAAAAGCAUAUACACCAUCACUUCGUACAAAAAUCAGCAUGGCCCUCAUGCAGGAACUCCUUUUUUAAUCACAGACUCUUCUGCUGUAGACCCCUCAAUCUCACUUGAAGUGCAUCGGCACAAAAAUGCUGCACGAAAACCAAACCAUUGGAAAGUCACGGCAUCAACGCCAUUUGUAAAGUAUGAAACACACAGCCAAGGUCAUGCGCCAUCUUUUGCCACCAAGCAUGCGAUUGCGGUCGUGGAUAACAAUACGAAAUCAAUUCAAUGGGUGGAGCCGCAGUUUUUCCAGCUUUCCACAACGCCUUUAAGCAUCAAGAAGAUAGAUCCUUUGACACUUUCGGCCGCUUCAAUUGUCAAUGCAGAUGCAGCGCGCAUUGCCAAUACUCUGGGCCAGUCAUUUGGUACUAGAAAAAAAAUACAAGCCAUUAAAUCAAAGGAGAGAGACGUUGUUCGCCUAGACAUGAUAUCCACCGCAGAAUCGUCCUCCAUCAAUGCAUCUAUCGAUACAAAGGUUAAAAAGAGGCCAAGCAAACCGCCUACAAGCUAA